CGACGACGAAUGGAUCAGAGCCCGAGCUCGAGCUCGAGCUCUGCAGUCUCGUCUUCCUUCCUUCCUUGGCUCACGCUCGCUUCGUGGGCGGGAGGGAAGGCCGUCAUAAACCCCGGAAGGUGCAGAUCUGGAUCUCAUCGCCCGAGAGGAGAGAGAGGGAGAGGGAGCCAUGGCAUCUGCUGCUCCCGUCGCAGCUUAGUUAGUGUUGUUGUUGUUGUUGUUCCGCGCAGGGUGGCCUGCCUCGACGAGAAUUGCAAGGCGGCAGAGCGAGCGAGGGGAGUGGAGGGCGAGAGUGAUUGAGUGCAGUUAGUUUCGACGAGGCGGUGGAGAGGAGAGGAUGGGAGGAGGAGGAGGAGUCGAUAAACACUGGCCGCCAAAAUGUUCGUCUCUCGUGCUGCGAGUUGCAUUCGCUGUGCUCGUGGCGGCGGCGGUGGUGACGGCUCAGACUCUCACGGAUCCCUGCGCGACGAAUGCCGCUUUGCCCAAGGAUGUGACCGUCGGCUUCUCGACUAACCUCUGCAAGCUCGUCUGGACCCAAAAGUCUUUCACUGUGCGGUAUGCGAGCAACGCCAGCACUCUGAGCAUAGUGCUGUCGGCAGCGAGGGAGAAUCGAUGGUACGCCAUCGGGUUCAGCAAAUCCGGAGCGAUGGUGGGGUCGUCGGCCAUGAUCGCCUGGGUCGACGCCACCACCGGGGCGGCGACGAUCAAGCAAUUCUUCCUGGGAGCGAAGAGCUCGUCCGGCGUGAAGAUCGACUCGCAAAUGAAGCUCGCGUCGACGCCCCAGGCCUUCGUCACCUCCGACACCAUGUACAUGGCCUUCCAAAUUGACAAACUCGCGUCGACGGGCGUCUUCUUCGACUCGCAGCUCUACGCCUUCGGCAUGGUCGGCGACAUCCCCACCAGGGACGUGCUGCUGCAACACGAGCAAGACAGCACCGCUACCUUCGACUACGCCACAGGUACAGCCGUCGUGACGUCGGGGGGCGACCCGGCGAGCCUGCGACGGAACCACGGCGUGCUGAACAUCUUCGGGUGGGGCAUCCUGCUGCCCGUGGGGGCCAUCAUCGCGCGCUACUGCCGGCAGUGGGACCCGGCCUGGUACUACCUCCACGUCGGCCUCCAGAUCAGCGGCUUCGUCCUCAUCAUCGCCUCGUUGGUCAUGGGCGUGCAGCUGGCGGACCAGCUGGUCGACUCCAACAUCGGCACCCACCGCGCCCUCGGAAUAUUCGUCUUCGUUCUCGCGACGAUGCAGGUCUCGGCGGUGCUUGUGCGGCCGAAGAAGGACGCGAAGAUUCGGCGCUACUGGAACUUCUACCACCACUGGGCGGGGCGCCUGGCGCUGGUCGUCGCGGCCGUGAACAUCUUCGUCGGGAUCGACGUGGCCUCCGGCGGGCGCAAGUGGAAGGCCAGCUACGGCCUGGUGCUGGUGAUCGAGCUCGUGCUGCUGCUGGUGCUCGAGGCCCUCUCGUGGAUGAACCGCAUGGCGCAGAAGGAGCCCACUCUGCAGCUCGGCGGCGGCAACAUGCAGCCUAGCUACCCGACUUCCGCUCCCCCGGCCUACGACAAUUACCGAAACGACAUGUAGACCUUCCAAUUUCACGCAGAAUUCUCGUCCACGCCAUCGCCGGGUCAGAAUUUCCGCCCUCGAGGAUGUCUUCUGCGGCAGCGUGGCCUGCUUUCUGUCUGUCUUUCGUUCAUUUGUUAGGGAGAAUCGAGCGAGAAAUUCGAUCGAGAUCCGGAGAAAAUCGAUUUUUAUCUGCGCUGAAAGGCGCGGGACGUUCUUACAGCGCGUCGUCCAAUUCUUGCUGUACAUAUGAUCGUGUCUCGACCGCACCUCGUCCCUCCCUCCCUCCCUCGCCCGAAUUUCUUGACCUCAUCAAUUUUAAGCUUCUUCCGAGAUGCGUCAGAUUCGUCGGGGCAGAAGGAGAGAUGAGAUGAGAUGAGACGAGCGGGUCGGUGUCAGGUUUUUGAUUCAGAUGAGGAUUCUUGUUGGCGAGGGCUUCGGAGUGAUGAAUGCAGCCGUCGUUGCUCGCCCAUACUGUAUACGAUAGAUUGUCGACUUUCUGACCUUCUGAGGGAUGGUGUUCACCGAGUUCUCGCACUGGCUGCCGCACAUUUGCAGUGGCCGGCUUAGUCUCUGUACGAAAUUGAGUGAUCUUCCGCCGCCACGAAAUGAAUUUGCCUCAC